CUCCCUCUCUCUCUCUCUCUCUCUCUCUCUCUCUCUCUCUCUCUCUCUCUCUCUCAUGUAUUGGUAAAAGUCACCCCUUGCUGUUUUUAAGCUUUUUCCCCCUUUCCCAUUUUGAUGCUGCAUAAUUUGGAUUCCUGAACACAAUUCUUCAUCUGGGUCGUCCCUCUAAUUCGUGUUUAGUCUCUCGAUAACAUUUUCUCUUGCUUUCUGGAGAAUUUCCCUCUGUUUCUUCAGUUAAUGUGGAAGUAGAUAAGGGAACACUUUGUUUCCACUUAAAUUUUCGAUCUUUUUCACUCUGGGUUUAGAUUCAACGUGAUUCUUCAUCUGGGUCGAUCGGAUUUUGCUCUCUUUCUCACAUAGAAGUGAGAAUUGUGUCUGUUUAUGAAGUCUGGGAAGAGAAUUCCCAAAAAUUGGUCUUUCAGCUUCUCAUUUUGGGUUUUCAAUUCUAGAUUUGGAUCCUGAAAAAGUAGUUCCCCCCAUCUAAUUUGUUCAAAAAAUUUUCUUCAACUUGCUUGGAUUCGAAAAGUUUUCCUUCAUUUUCCCGGGAAAUCUCUCUUCUUUCCCAUGUAGAAAGAAACAGCUUUUUUUUUUUCUGCAACAGGAAGCGCUAAAGUCAGUAAAAGACGAAGCUUUCGAUCUUCAUACUUCAGUUCAGAUUCUCACCGGCAAAUCUCCAUCUGGGUUCAUCAGAAUUCCCUGCCAAUCUACUAAAUUUUGCCAAAUUCCGCAACUUUUUGAGGAAGACGAUCAUGGAUAAGGAAACAGAACAAACCCUAAAUAUGUUACAUUUGGAUCAGAGCGAUCCCUUUGGCAAUGGCAAUGACCCAAUGAUCGGUGAUUUCCUCGGAAGAUUCUGCAAUACGGGAGAAAUAUCACCAUUAACACUACAAUCGUUCCCCAUGAAUUCACAGAUCUCCGAGAAUUUCCCCAUUUGUGGAGGAAUCCGAUUUCCGUAUCAAGGGCACUUCGGAUCUGAUCGGGCUUUUGGUGUUCCUGGGUCGCAAACAACAGCACAAGAGAGAAACAAGAGCUCGUUGUCGGAUCCAGACUCGGGUUCUGCAUCUGAUCGAGCUCGAGCCACGGCUUCGAAUCCCAGGAAGAGAAAAUCUGUUCCGACAGCGAAUGGCAAGGAAUCUCCAGCUUCCUCGUCCCUUACGGCUUCUAAUUCCAAGAUUUCAGGAGAGAAUGCUGCUGUAUCCAUGGCUGCCAAAAGAAGCAAGCAGGAGGAAGCUAAGAGUGGUAAAGACGCAAAUGAGAAGAACGAUAACAAAGACGGGAAUAAGGACAAUGCAAAACCUCCGGAGCCACCCAAAGAUUACAUACACGUUCGGGCGAGAAGGGGUCAGGCCACUGAUAGUCACAGUCUCGCGGAAAGGGCAAGAAGGGAAAAGAUCAGUGAGAGAAUGAAGUUACUUCAGGAUAUGGUUCCUGGUUGCAACAGAAUAACUGGGAAAGCAGUCAUGCUUGAUGAAAUCAUAAAUUACGUGCAGUCGUUGCAGGGGCAGGUCGAGUUCUUGUCCAUGAAGUUAGCCACUUUGCACCCAAGAAUCGAGUUCAAUGCAAACACUCUUUUAUCCACGGAGAUGUUUCAGCCGAGCGAGCCCUUAUUACAGCAGAGUCUCUACCCAAUAGCUUGUUCAGAGCCAAGACUUCCAUCAGGGUAUCUCUCUCUUGGCAAGAACAUUCCCGGAUUCAUAGAGACACAAUUCCCAUUGAACUCCUCAGGCAUUUCAUCACUUCCUUCCAGUGAUGGAUUUCUUCAAGCAGAGGCACCGGCUUUCUGGGAAAACGAUCUGCAAAGCAUUGUUCAGAUGGGUUUUGGAGAUAACCAGCGGCAACCGAGCAUGAACUGUUCUGAACCAACUAUUCAGAUGAAGCUUGAGCCUUAGCUAUUCUUUGAUGUCUCUGUACAUAGAGAGAGCAAGAAAUGCAGCAUAUUCUUCUGGUGUCUGAAUUAAUGUUACCUCAAGCUUGAUUUCUUUUCUUGUUCCUAUCUGUUAAUUUCCCUUGAAAACAUCAAAUUCUGUAAAAAGAGAAACAGAACUUGUGUGGACAUAUCGGUUGUAUUUGUGUUACUGAAUUGCGUGUAAUAGUUAACUUGAAGUAAAGACAGCAAAUUUGGUCUCUU